GAGCCUUCAGAAACACGAGAAGAGUCGCUUUCAGAGGAGCAAGUACCAACAUGCCCAGAUUACGGGACUUCCAAGUAGAUUGUAACAAUAUAUAAAAGUCGGAAAUUGAUCUUUAGCCACAGAGGCGUCAGGCGGCAAUGCGGCGGUGAUGCGUUAGACUCCUUAGCGGAAUUUUUUUUUCCAGAUGAAGCCUUUAAAGUUAAGCGAAACGAAAUAAAUGAAGGCGUUUUAUACUGUAUAGUGGGCGCACAGCGAUUAUGCGCGUUUGCGUGCAGUGUUCGGUCGUUAACGCUACGCGACAACAGCAGUGAUCGCCUCGCCGAUUUCAAUUAGCGAUUUUUUUUUUUUUUUGUUUCACACCAACCUUUAUUCAGAAUGAACCAGUGUAAAGUCAUGAAGGAUGGCUAUCUGGAGAAGAGGAGUAAUGGACUUCUGCAGCUGUGGAAGAAGAAGCGUUGCGUUCUGUCAGAGGACGGACUCCGGUUGUACGACUGUAAAGGCGAGAGCAGCAAAGAGAUGCGCUUCGAGCAGAUGACCACGCUGGACUGCGUGGAGUACAAACGGGGGCUGGUGUACUUCACCAUCGUGAUGAACGGCGGCAAGGAGAUUGACUUCAGGUGCCAGCAGGAGGGAACGGCGUGGAACGCGGAGAUCGCGCUCGCCCUGGUGCGCUUCAAAAACCGCGUCGCCGUUCAGACCGGCAGGAACAGACAUUUGUCACAUCUGGGCAGCUGCGGGGAGGGAGACGUCGAGCUUUGAGGAUCUCUCAGCCUAGACACAGGACUGGAUCCAAAAGAGGAGAAACCAUGAACAAGAAAGUGAAGGCAGGAGCCCGAUGUUAAGAAAACGCCUGAUGAAAAACUUCAAAACUCACAUAUUGCUUUUCUCUUGUGCUUUUUCAAAGUGACAUCUCUUGGCCUGCUCAGAGACACAGUGGAUGGAUUUGUAUACAUGUGGGUGUUACGCCAUGGAUGUUUUGUACACAGUGGAGUUUUUCCAAGCACUUUUACUGCGGAAGUCAACAGCAACAGAGACCCAAUGGAUUGCUCUUCUCCAUAAUUCAAUACUAAUUUCACUCCUUACCACGCCAGAGCGGAUUUUGGCGCCGAAUAUACACUUUUAAGAGGCAUAUUUACCUCGUGCUAAAUGGAGGACUCAUACUCAGUAUUAUAAGUGAAAGCAUGAUGCUGCUUUAGGAGAUAUUAACCAUAGAUGAAGUAUGACUCACAGCUGCACUGUUUAACAUUUCAUAAGUAUUUGAACAGCGAAUCUGGAUUCAUUCACUUGUAGAGGUUUUUCAACCACACACAAAGCACGGCAGGAAGACCAGACUGCUGUUCCUUGGAAUGUAUCCCGACUGGACGGAAAACUUGAUGGAUGUGUUUUUAUUUUGUUUUCCAUUGGGCAAUGGUGUUAUUACUACAAUUUUCUCCAUAUUCUGCCUACACAACCCAAGCGGUUGCCAAAGUUAGAAAAUAAUGGUCUGCAUUGUGAUGAAAAGAUUAUAGGAAAUGUGUUCUGCACAAACGCUUAUUAUGUCAUUAGGUACACAUUGUCCAAAUAAAAAGAAUGAUUUUGUGACUUUGUAACACAUAUCAGUGU